AUGGUCUUGUUGGUAUCAAAAAGAGGGUGUCGAGUAUGGCAUCGAUACUUGACACAAGUUACACGACCUUGUCUGGCUAAGCCUAGUCAAUUGCAUGCGUUCAUUCGUUAUAAUUCACAGCAAAGCGAAAGCCAUGAUGCGUUAACAGAGACGACUCGAAAUAUUGGCAUCAUAGCUCAUAUCGAUGCAGGCAAAACGACAACUACUGAGCGUAUGCUCUAUUACAGUGGCUAUACUCGACGCAUAGGAGACGUUGAUGAUGGUUCUACCGUCACAGACUUCCUCCCCGCCGAGAGGGCUAGAGGGAUCACCAUUCAGUCAGCAGCCGUUACGAUGUAUUGGCCCCCUGUAGCUGAGAAGGAUACAUCCUCGAAAGCGUCUGACCCAUCUCGAUCACUGAUACCGCAUACUCUUAACCUGAUUGAUACUCCCGGACACGCGGAUUUCACGUUUGAAGUGCUUCGUUCUUUGAGAAUUCUUGAUGGUGCUGUAUGCAUUCUUGAUGGUGUGGCAGGAGUAGAAGCUCAAACAGAAAAAGUAUGGAAACAGGCAAAUAAUUACAGCAUUCCUAGAAUCGCUUUCGUCAAUAAGCUUGAUCGUGAAGGGGCUGCCUUCGCGAGAACAGUGAAAGAGAUUGGUUCGAGGCUCCGGGGUUGGCCUGCGGUGUGUCAAAUUCCAUGGUGGGAAGGUGGGAAAGGAAAGUUUAUGGGUGUCGGUGAUGCAGUCAAUCUUUGUGCUCUAAAAUGGGAAGAAGGUGGGGAUGGCAAAUCAAUCCAACAUUUCACUCUUGAUCAGCUGAAGAGAGAUAAUCCUGAAUUUGCUGAAGAAAUCACCAAAGCGCGAGCUGCGCUCGUAGAGGCAUUAUGCGAAUUUGAUGAAGGGCUUCUUGAAACCUGGCUGGAGUGUAACGACGAUAGUCUGCUUAUAUCAUCGACGGCCAUCACAAAAAGUUUGCGAAAAUGCGUACUCGAUGGUUCCGGUAAACUCAUACCUGUCUUUGCUGGGGCAAGUUUUCGGAAUAUCGGUGUUCAACCGCUUCUUGAUGCCAUCAAUAAUCUUCUACCAAACCCUACCGAAAGGCCUGACCCAGAAGUUCGACUUGGAAACGUUCAUGGCAGCUUAUCCCAACUUUUACACGGAAAGCUAGAUCUUACCACGACGCAACCAAGACAUCUCUCCAAAAAAUCCAAUGCGCGGACUUCCCUGAUUUCUCAGGUCGAAGCUUGUGCCCUUGCUUUCAAGGUUGUCAAUGAUCCUCGACGCGGCGUUUUGGUCUACAUCCGAGUGUACUCCGGUACAGUCAAGCGGAACACUACUUUAUGGAACACGAAUCUCCAUGUUUCAGAAAGAGCCCAAAGACUGUUACAGAUGUACGCAUCUGAUGCGGUAGAGAUACAGAGCAUCCCCUCCGGUCAGAUUGGCGUUAUUGCCGGCUUGAAACACGCUCGUACAGGCGAUACUCUAUUGUCAUAUACAGGUGCUCAUCCAAAGAAUGGUCCGCCACCACCUUUGAAUACUCUUCAACUGAGACCGAUCAAUGUUCCUCCACCAGUAUUUUUUGCCGCUGUAGAGCCUCACAGUCUAAGCGAGGAAAAAAAUGUUGCUGAAAUAUUGCAGCUCUUAUUGAGGGAAGACCCGAGUCUCCAUGUUAAUAUUGAUGAAGAAUCUGGGCAAAUGCAGUUGAGUGGAAUGGGCGAACUGCAUCUUGAAAUCGCAAAAGAUCGACUCGUGAAUGAUUUCAAAGCCAAGGCAACCAUGGGCAAUAUCGAAAUCGGGUACCGAGAAUGUGUCCUAUCUCCAACAUCACCUCACAGGUAUAUAUUUGAUCGUGAAGUUGCUGGGAAAAAAGGAAAAGCAGGUUGUGAAGCUAGUAUCAGUCCAGACGAGCAGCCGCUAGAAGACUCUGAUCAUACUAUGAAUAUUGAUGGAAAUACAAUCACAAUCCGCAUCCCGAAACCUGCUAAGAAUGACGGAGGUGAUGGAACUCUGACACUCCCCUCCGAUAUGACCCUCAGUGAAGUUCAUACAGCAUUGACCAAUGGAGCUGUUGCUGGUCUAGCCCGUGGUCCACGUCGUGCAUUCCCGCUUCAUUCUGCGCAUGUGUUAUUGAAGUUUGAUACCGUUGAGGAUGUCUUUGGUUCCGACACCACAUCUGCCGCAUUAUCUUCUGCGUCAAGAAAUGCGGUACAAGCUGCUCUCAAAGAAGCUUUCCAAGCGAACUCCGUCGGACUAAUGGAACCAGUCAUGAAUGUGGUUAUCAGUUGCGACGAAUCAUCCCUUGGUGCAAUUGUGCACGAUCUAUCAUCAGCUCGUGGUGGUCAUGUCUUAUCACUGGAGAAUGAUAGUGAUGUAGAAGACACAGAAAAUGAGCUGCCUCCAGUCGAUAUUUCAAGAGUCUAUACUCCUCCAGAUCCAUUCGCGUCAGGGACCAGCACUGGUUCAUCGGGUCCUGGUCAACAGCGCCAAAUUACUGCCAGGGUACCAUUGAAGGAAAUGGUUGGGUAUUUGAAACAUUUGAGGAGUAUGACUGGUGGUAGAGGAACAUUUGUCAUGAGCGUUGACAAGUUUGAAAGACUUUCUGGGCCAAGAGAAAAGGCUUUGUAG